UCUGGGUCCCGGAGAGUCGAUUCCUUCUCAUAUCAGAAGGUUGGUUAGGAGUAGAUGUGACCCUCCUCCUUUUCAGCCUGUCAUCAUCAGCAAAAAGAAAAUCUUCCCCCACUCAACUUGUUCAACCUCACAUCUCAGGACGCGGGAUUCACUUUUUAAAUAACAGCCAACAAUGUCCCACCAAGACUCCUCUGCUCCCACCGGUAGCCUGGUCAGCCAGGGCACCACUAACGGCGGUUACAGCUCCAACACGGUGCCGAUGAUCACCCAAAGAGAUUCCAGGGAUAGCUGGAGCAAAAAGAUGGAUUUUCUCUUGUCUGUAAUUGGUUUUGCGGUGGAUCUAGGCAACGUGUGGAGGUUUCCUUAUAUCUGUUAUCAAAACGGAGGUGGUGCUUUCCUCAUCCCCUACACCCUGAUGGCUAUCUUCGGGGGGGUCCCCCUCUUCUAUAUGGAGCUUGCAUUGGGGCAGUUUCACAGGACUGGAGCCAUCUCCAUCUGGAAACACAUCUGCCCCAUUUUUAAAGGGAUCGGAUUCGCUAUCUGCAUCAUCUCUUUGUACGUGUCCUUCUAUUACAACACCAUCAUCGCCUGGGCACUGUACUAUUUCUACUCAUCCUUCACUAGCACGCUGCCCUGGACCAGCUGCGACAACGUCUGGAACACGCCCAACUGCACCAACUACUUCGGCACCAACAACGUCUCCUGGAACAACUACUCCCACUCCCCAGCCGAGGAGUUUUAUACGAGGAAUGUGCUGGAGAUCCACAAGUCAUCAGGGCUGCGCGGAGUGGGGGGGCUGCGCUGGCAGCUCGUGCUCUGCCUCUUCCUCAUCUUCACCAUCGUCUACUUCAGCCUGUGGAAGGGAGUCAAGACAUCAGGGAAGGUGGUGUGGGUAACAGCGACCCUGCCCUACGUGGUGCUCUUCAUCCUGCUGAUUCGUGGAGCCACCCUGCCUGGCGCUUGGAGGGGCGUCGUCUUCUACCUCAAACCCAAAUGGGAGAAGCUGCUUGAGACCAGGGUAUGGGUGGAUGCAGCAGCCCAGAUUUUCUUCUCUUUGGGUCCCGGCUUCGGAGUGCUCCUUGCCUUGGCGAGCUAUAACCCGUUCACCAACAACUGCUACCGAGAUGCCAUCGUGACCAGUCUGGUAAACUGCAUGACCAGUUUCCUGUCAGGCUUUGUGAUCUUCACGGUAUUGGGGUACAUGGCAGAAAUGAGGAACGUGGAAGUUGAGGACGUGGCAAAAGACAAAGGUCCCAGUCUCCUGUUCAUCACCUACCCUGAGGCCAUUGCUAACAUGGUGGGCUCCACGUUCUUUGCCAUCAUAUUCUUCAUGAUGGUGAUCGCCCUGGGACUAGACAGCACGUUCGGGGGUCUGGAGGCUAUUAUCACGGCUGUGAUGGAUGAAUAUCCUCAGCACCUGUUCAAGCGGCGGGAGCUGUUCGUGCUGGGGCUGGUGAUCGUGUGCUUCAUGGGCUCGCUCAGCACCCUUACCCAUGGGGGUGCCUAUGUGGUCCAGCUGCUCGAGACGUUUGGAGCGGGCUGUUCAAUCAUUGCAGUGGUUUUCUUGGAAGCCAUCGCUGUGUCGUGGUUCUAUGGUAUCCAGCGAUUCAGUAAUGAUGUCAAAGCCAUGCUGGGCUUUGCUCCGGGAAUCUUCUGGAAAGUGUGCUGGGUGGCUAUCAGCCCUGCCUUCUUAGCAUAUAUAAUAGUGAGCUCCCUGUUGGAUCGGCACCCUCUCAUACUGUUUGACUACAAGUACCCUGACUGGAGCACCACAGUGGGGUUCAUCGUUGGGGCUUCUUCCUUCAUCUGGAUCCCAGUUUACAUGGUCUACAAGCUGGUGUGGACCCCCGGCUCACUCAAGCAGCGCUUGGCGGUGUGUAUGCGUCCUGAGAGGACAAUGAGAGACCCGCACACUGAUUCGCUCAGCAUGACUCCCGUCCCCUAACCCAGGCAACAGCCCGGAACCGAAGGGAGGAUGCCUGCACCCGUGCGGGGAAGCUGCAGCUCCAGCAUUUAAGCAAAGAAGAGAACCAUUUUUUUUUUUAAAAAAAGACACUUUACAAAGAAACUCCAGCCGAGUUUUACCAACAGAAGCGCGAUCGCGGUGACUGCAGCCUUCUCGAGAGCUCAGCCAGAGACCUCGGGGAGCAGAAUGAAGACAAAGAGUCUCACCAAGAAACAAAACACCCUCUACAAAUAGAAACAAAACAAAGAUAGGUGAUUCGCACUGGCAUCUGCUGUGCCAAAGUCCUGAACUGCAGUGUUUAAGUGUAUAUAUGUAAAAUUGUGCCAGUGUUUAUACUUAGGAAUGCUGUGUCUAGAUUACGGUAGUGUCCACCAUAACGCACUGUUUAUCUUUCAAGCUCGUGAAAAUCUGCCAAAUAUUCCCUACAAUGCUGAUAACUGGGGCCUAAAUUUUUGGCCAAAUAUGUAUAUAAUAUUUUACAAUGUAACGUAUUGAAAUACAGUUAUCACUGCCAUCUUUUAAACAGAUAAGAAGGUAAUGGAAAUGCAGAAAUCCUUAGCAAGAGAUUUAGUCAAAAACACUUGCAAACAUAGUUGUAGCCUGCUCACAAUCCUCGGCUAUGUUCCUCAAACAGUCAGUGGGGGAUGGGAAAUCAGUUAAAAGGUAAAAGUGCAGUAAAUUGGUGCGAACUACAGUAUAGUGUGGUUAGACUACUGCUAAAUACAUGGCAGUGUCAAUUCAGUUAGAAUGGUACCAUGCUGGGUAUUGUCAUUACAAGUAAUUGCAUUAUUCUCAAGGGAAGUCAGCAGCAUUCUCUCUCUCUCUCUCUCUCUCUCUCUCUCUCUCUCUCUCUCUCUCUCUCUCUCUCUCUCUUUCAUUCCUUAUAAAUAAGGUGCACCUCUUUUGCCCCUUUUCAUUAUGGAGAGAGUAUAUAUGCCCCAAAUAUUAUACAGUGUGAUAUUUAUUUGAUAUGUGUUGCAUACUUAUACAUAGAUUGUAAUACAUGUGAGUAGAAAUAUAUUCCAUAUACUGUAAGCGUUCUAUAUGUAGCAACAUCACUUGGUUUAACGUGUUACUCUGUAACCUCUCCCUGUUUUAAGACCAUGUCGUACCAUAACUUCUCUGAACGUUAUAAAUGGCAGGAGCCUAUAAACUGCUGCUGUGAUCCUUAAAACACACUUCUGAAACAGUGUGAGGCAUUUCAGUAUUUGCUAUACCUAGUUAAACAUAGAUAUCGUCUCAUUUACUAUGAUACCAAGUGUGUCCGAUGUGAAGUCAGUGUUUAAAUCAAGCGAAUAAAGAAAAGUUGUUUGCAAUCUACAUAUUUAAAGUUUGGUGUAAAAAAUGACAAUGGGUCUGAUGGCUGAUGCAUUUAGAUUACCUCAAGGAAUUGAACUGAAAAACUAAGAACUUCACAGAGAACUAAUAAAUAGCUGCUACUGUACUACUGUUAUCUUGUUGGGCUUGAUACG